CAGAGGACCAACCAAAUAUGUCUUGUUUGUGAUGGCUGCGAGCCAACCAUAAUGGCAGUAGAACUAGCUAUUCUUUAUGAAUCGUCGUCGCAACAGAACAGGUCAUGUACAUGAUGUAGUAUAUAGUCAGAAGUUCUAGGCUAGAAUCGUCUCAUUAAUGCCUUUUAGGAAACAAUGCGAAAAGUAUAAAGGGACGGGAAUAUGAAGAACAUCACCAAUAUAUCAUCGAGUCAGACAUGGCCACCUGGUACCCCCGCCAUGCCCGCAGAUAUAAUAGCAAUCAACAAAUCGUUCAACAUCUCAUCGGAAUAUGAUGAACAGUAUCCAUACUUGGUGUUGGCAAAAACUAUCUUCAGGAACUGGGCUCCCAUCUUCGUUUCACUGGUCGGAAUAUUCGGAAAUGUCAUUUCGUUCUUCAUCACCACGAAGAAGGAAUAUCGUCACAUCAGUACAUGCCUGUACAUGUCGGCACUCGCUGCAGUGGACACAGUGUUUUUAGUCGAGUAUUUGAUCGACGUUCCGUUUUUCUUUGGUCUCAAAUUUACAAACCACCUCAUUGUAAUUAGAUUCCUCACCUAUGCAAUGUACUCUAGCGCUACGUCUUCAAGACUUAUUUUGGCCGCCAUGACAGCUGACCGCGCUUGCGCAGUAUUCUUGCCGCUAAAAGCCAGGUCCCUUUGUACAGUGUCACAUGCAAGGAAGGUGAUUGUGAUGUUCAUAUUGAUACCAGCAGUCGUCAACAUCAAUAUGAUGUUCACGUAUGCAGUGGUAGGAGAGGACUUCGAUACGAUUGUGUUGAGCGUCAGAGAUUAUCCAUGGCUUGAAAUAAUCAUCACAAUUUACCAAUCAGCUGUUCUAACUGUUAUUCCAUUCUCCGUAAUCCUCAUAUCUAACAUCCUAAUUGUGUUCAGCGUCAGGCGGGCAGCAACCAACAUGAAUAAACUCGGCCAGGACAACAAACAGGGAAGCUCAGAAAACAAGCACCUGACUAGAAUGCUUCUUUUAGUGUCUUUAGCUUUCGUGUUGUGCUGCGCGCCGUACACACUUUUUGAGAUUUUUUAUAAGAUUCUUGCAUUGGUCGGCGCCGUGGAUUACAGUGCGUAUUGGACCAUACGUAUGGGUGUCAUCGGAUGGGGUACGGCGGCCAUCACUCAGGCGAACCAUGCUGUCAACUUUUAUCUUUACGUACUUGGAGGAGGAAAGAAGUUUAGAACGGAUGCCAUAAAUGUCUUGCGAUUGGCCUGAGCGAAAUCGGCGUUUGCAUUGCGUUUGCAUUGCAUCGCGCAACGUCUUAGGUCUCAUAAGGGGUUUCAAUGUAUUCAUGCGCAGCGCAAUGUCCCCCAGCACGAUAGUUCCUAAAAAAAUCGUUGAUUUCUUGGUCCUCAGUGUAUGCCAGUGUUGAUUUAGCAAUUGUUUUGGCAAAUACAUGUUAUUGGGAGUUUCUGAAACCUGGAGCACUGCUCAACACGGUGAAUACAAGAAACUACGGACUUUACUGCUGUUGCCGACGUAUGUGCACACUGAACUUGGGAUGUGCGUCGGGCUUGUCUUUAAAUGCCGUCCAGUGCCCGUUGGGGCGUUUUUGCUGAUUUGUUCAAAAUUCAAUAUAUCUCAAAAGCUCAAUGGUUGACCCUCAUUUUUUUUUCUUUUUGUGUAGCGUACGCAACUUUCUUUCACGGGAGAAUGGGCACUGUAAGAAUUAUCCAGGAAGAAAUGUAUAAAUUUUGCGUUUUUCCAUGAUUGUUUGGCCCAAUUGGAAAUAUUGCCAUUUUGGAUGGUGAACAGAGCCAGGAGCCAGUGCGGCGCUUAUGAUUUCUUUAAAGAAAUAAAACGCCGGAUUUAACAUCCUGCAGAAAGAGUUGAAUCAGGCGUUUCCAGUGAUAUAAGACACAAAUUAGUUGUCCUCAUGCAAUCACAUUGGAAACGCAUUUUAAAAUAAAUGUCACGUCCUGUUAAAGGGUCACGUCAUCAUA